GCCUCAAAAAAUCAGUGGUUAGAGACAGUGACACUGACAGACGAACCCGACGCAGUGACAGUGUCAAAAUAAUUUUGACAGCAGCGUCCAAGACAACGUCAAAGGGGCCAGUCCAGUUGCGUCAAUUAGACGGAUGACAGCCCCAAGCGUCACUUGCCAACUAGCAACCACCGCACCGGGUUAUGAAGGCAAAUUUGGGUCAAAACCACCUGUGGCGCGAUUAAUAUGGAACCGCAGCACGAAGAUUGCCCAUAAAACCAGUACCGCGAUGGAAUUCGAAAGAUUUUCAUUAAUAAUCUAGGAAUGUAUACAGGUCCACAUUCCUAGCCCCAGUAGAUGGUACCGCGAGCAUGGUACUCGGCGCACCUCUUACUACUUCCCCCCUUCGGCUGCUAGGUGUUCCGCAAGAGAAAUCCGAGAGAGGUAUUACGCGAAAGGUCGUACCCGAACGCGAACCAUCUGAGAAACUGUUGGUGCCGAAGAAACGCCAUCGCGCGACUAUGGUGCAGUAGAACCACCCUGAGCGCGUCUAGACGAACCGAACGAACAAUGUCGCGAACGUCUUCCGUUGGAUGCAGGUGGAUUGUGCGGUUUUUCGUGAUUUUUUACUGUGCACUGAUCAGUGAGGGCCAUGUCGCUCUGGUUUUUCCGCCCGCUCGCAAGUACGACCUGGACUUUCUGGAUAGUUCCAGAACAAAAGCCCCAUGCGGGAUGCCCAAAGGAAAUGUGAAAACUUCGCUGCUGUCGGGGAGCAAAUUCAACGUCUCCUGGCACUUGGGCUAUCCGCACAAGGGCGGUUUUAAAAUUCAACUUUUGGACGAGUUGGAGCGGCCGGUGCUUGACCUGACCCCACGCAUCCAAGGCGCCGAGUUCAUCUCGAAUGAUGCCACGGCCCAAACCUACCAGGUUCAGCUGCCCACCAACUUCACCUGCGCCAAUUGCACCCUUAGACUGAUCAGGCAGGCGCUGGAAUGGGGCGCCCAAUAUAAAUUUUGGUCCUGCGCCGACGUCGACAUCAAAAUACGCAAAGAGUUUCGCGAAUCCUGCAGCGGACAUGGACGUUAUUUGCUGGGCAAGUGCAAAUGCGACCGACUGUACUACGGCUCAGUCUGUCAGUUUCGCGACGAAUGUCUGGAGAACAGCGACUGUGGCGCCCAAGGAGUGUGUGUGGACGUGCAGGCAACUACCGCGCCUCGAAGACAGUGCUACUGUCAAUUGGGAUGGUUCGGGCCCGGAUGCAACAAGCGCUCUCCGGUAAAAUCCACCGAGAUUGACUUCGAACUCUAUACCGAAAAAAAGCUGUCCGACACUUUUAUGCUAUAUUGGAGGAUCCUGAAGGAUCAUCGGGAGCUGGAAGCGGUUCUGGUAGUCAAUGGAACCAGCUACGCGGCCUUGGGCUGGAGACCGCGCGGUCUGACCAAGAGCUGCAAGAAUUUCCCGCAAAUUGGCCCCGUGGGCCAGGCGGAGCCUUCUGCCGAGGCAGAACCGAAAAGCGUGCCGGAGCCCGCCAGUGAGCCUGCGAGCGAACCGGAACCGGAACCGGCCUCAGAACCGGAACCCACCACAACUGAGAAGCAGAAAAAAUCCACCUUCAGUAGGCGAUCGGCUGCCGUGCCGGCGUCUCCAAUUUACCACGACGUGGACAAGGUGGAGACCAGCGUGUCUUUCCAAGUCAGCAAAAAAUCAGGACGCAGUAAAAGAGAGACGGACGAAG